UUGUAGCUGCUGGAGGCCUUCUGCUUAGUCCUUGACUGUGAUAAUAAGCUUGAGCAGGCCAUUGUGAAAUAUUAACAGUUAUUUUGAUAAUUUGUUGUUAGUCGGAUCAGCGUUCCAUAGAAGUGCCUUACGUUACAGACAUGGCUGAUGUCAGUGCUCAACCAGCAGGGCCAACCAAGCUUGAACAAGUUCAGGAUCAGGUCAAUGAUGUCAAAGUAAUCCUGAAAGACAACAUCAACAAAGUCAUGGAGAGAGGGGAGAAACUGGAUGAUCUGAUUUGCAAAACCGAUGACCUCCAGAUAACUGCGGAUUCGUUCCAAAGGACAUCCACACGCGUGGCCCGAAAAUACUGGUGGAAAAAUAUGAAGAUGAUGAUAAUCAUAGGAGUGAUCGUGGUGAUUAUCAUUGUCCUCAUCAUUCUAUUUGCCACCGGUGUCAUUCCCUCAUGAGCAUUAGGCCAAACCAUUUUAACCAUCUCCACAAAGCCAAGGUUAAUUUUUUAACAAAUAUAAACUUAUGACUGUACAUAACCACACCUUUCAUACUUUAAGUGAAGAAGCGGGCCUGACUUUUGGAUGCAAUAUAGGCAAGAGAAUGAAGGCAUGGCCAGAGAAUGUA